CAUUUGUUUCUUUCUGCUUCCUUUACACCACCAGGUGUUGUUAAUUUGGCUGAGGAGAAUCAGUGACAAUACACUUUAAGUUAAGCUUGAAUUUAUUUUAAGCGUAAACCUUAAAAUAAAUAAAUAAACUAAUAAUUAAACUUGUUAUUUUUGACCAAGACUUCAGGGCAUGGUUUACCUUCCACUGUUUCUCAUGCUGCCGUUGUGGUCCUCCACUAAUGGUGGAGCAGUAAACCGAACAACCCAGGUGAUGAGAAAGGUUUACCGGAGAGAAACACCGACUCUUCCGCCACCGUACCUGCACCUCCCCGUGUUCGUGGACUCCAGGCUGCCGCUGGUGGAGAAGGAGCACUUCUCUCCCGCCAGAGGAACCGGACUGGAGCCGCUACCUGCGCCCGUCCGGGAGCUCCUACUCCCGGUUCGGCCGAAGACCAGUCCGCCUGGCGCUUCGGGUGUUUCCGUGAAGACUUCGUGUCAGCUGCAAAAGAUGCAGGUGCAGGUGCCGAGGAGCAUCUUGGGCACAGGUGAACCACACUCCCAGGUCAAACUGGGCACCUGCCAGGCCAGUAAAUCUACAACAGAUCACCUGUAUUUUGAAUAUGACCUCGGCAUGUGUGGAACCAAACGCACGAUAAAUAAUAACCAGGUGGCCUAUUCAAACACACUACAGUAUGACCCGCCAAGACUCCAAGGACCAAUCAGGCGAGCUGUGCCCUUCACCCUGCCUGUCGCAUGUUAUUAUAACAGGUACCAAUACUCCUACAAAAUUGGCUACACAGCAAAGACACGGAUGCGCAAGAUCUUCAAACCAAUGAAGAACAGAGUAAAAUUCAUUCUGACUCCACGAAAUGCUCAGUGGGAACGGCUUUCUCCAUUAGAUCAGUAUGUUUUAGGGAACCCCAUGUACUUUGAGGCAGAGGCCCCCUCCAUGUCCCAAGACAAAAGACUGUACGUCCACUUGUGUUACGCGACACCCAAUAUGUCCCAUACCUCCACGCCUCAGUUUCCAGUCAUAAACAACUUUGGGUGUAUGGUUGAAAGCAAGGACAGUCGCUCCAGAUUCAUCCCAUACAGAACCACUUCUGUGAGAUUCUCUGUGGAUGCCUUCUUGUUUAAAGGAAUGACAGGCCAGCAGCUCUACAUGCACUGCAGCUUGUCUGUGGGCGGUUCUGCCCCAACAACUACAGCGAAGUCCUGUAACUACGACACAAAAGCAAGAAGAUGGGUUGAGCUGUAUGGAUCAGACUCGGUGUGCACCUGCUGUGACUCCAACUGCAGCUCUUCUGUGUCCACAGUGACCAAAAUAAUCAGCAGCAGGUCGUGGACAAUAGAGCCUAAAGUGAAACCUACCACAACCCCAAAGAGGAAGAUGGUUUCCACCACCAGAACAACAACAAUAGCAGCAGCAGCAGCACCACAACCAGAGACUACCAGAGAGGUGACCAAAAGGAGGAGGACUUUUGACGUGAAGAAGGCGAGCCCGGUGAAGGAGUUGGAGUGGCCGUUUGGAGCUGGAGGACUGACAUGGGUUGAAGUGGUAGGUGAUGAGAAGCAGGGGAAGGGCUCUGCUGUUGUGGGGGAGGAGGAGGAAAAGGUCACAACAACAAUAACAACAACAAUAGCAGCAGCACAACAGCCAAAGACUACCAGAAAGGUGACCGAAAGGAGGACGACUUUACAACUUGGAGAGACAGCAGUGACUCCAGUGGGUAAGACGGCGAGCCCGGUGAAGGAGCUGGAGUGGCUGUUUGGAGCUGGAGGACUGACAUGGGUUGAGGAGGAAGGUGAGGAGAGGCAGGUGAAGGGCUCUGCUGUUGUGGAGGAGGAGAAGGUCACAGAACCUCGAACAAUAUUUGAAGAUAUCUUUGAAUUUGACAAAUAAAGCUAAAUUUGUCCAGUAAUAAGUUCUAUCCGGGUGGAUCAUUACAGGACUCCUUACAAGCAAUAAUCAAGAGAAUCAUUGUGAAUAUUUUUCUGCAGAUGUUUUCUGUUAUUACACACUGCAUAGCUGAAUUGAUUUUUAUCUCUUGAAACACGAAGUCUAUAUCGAAACAUCCCUUUUAAAGGAACAAUCUUUAAGAAUCUUUUUUUUUUUUAUAUAUAUAUAUAUAAAGUAAGCUCAUUUACUUUAUUGAGAGUUAGAUGAGAAAAUUCCCUCUCAGAGUUGCCUGUUAAAUAUUAGGCUACAGCUUAACUUAGCAUAAAUUAAUAUCCUAUGUGAAUUAAACAAGAUAUGUUUUAAUUAGUGAGCUUUAGAGGUGCUGGUAGGUAGAUUUGAUAAAACUUUGUACAAUCAGGAUAGCUGUUUCCCCUGGUUUUAGCCUUUAGCUACAGCCAACAACUGGUUAGCUUAGCAUACAUAUUGAGAGUGGUAUCAGACUUCUUCGCCUUAAUCAAACUAUUCCUUUAACAGAGUUAAGUAAUGCGUCCAUUGACAAGAAGACACAAAAACCUCAUAAAGCCAAGUUUCUAUACAGAAUCUGUUAAAAAAAAAAAAAAAAAACUUACAGGAGUCCAUUUUCAG